UCUCCCGAGAACAGUCGCUUCCACGGCCUCGGAGCGGGCGAGUUGUUGAUCCCCUUGGAAAAAAGGAAAACACGCUCUCUUGUUGCGGCGACGAGUGUAAUGGCCACCGUGGGCCUAGGAUAGUAAAGGAGGUGGUUGGGAUUCUUUGAUCAAAACGCUGGCAAUUAAUAAACGACUUAUCAGCUAGUUAAGAUCAGUGAAUUUAAUUCGUGUGUGUCGAACUGCCGCUUUUUCAUUUUGAUCAGUGGCUUUUGCCCGGUGAAGAGUGCGUGUACAUCAAGUAGUGCAUCAGUGUACUUAAUGUGUGCCAGCCAUUGUCGAACGUGCAUCGUAGUGCCGGUCAUCUAAUCAUCGACCACACUGGAUAAUAUUGCUUAUUCAUUUCGUUAUUGGAUUCUAUCUUUUUAAUACACAACGCAUCAACGGUCCGAGGCGGGGAAUAAUUCGGAACAACGACUUUCCUCACUUCCACGAAAACGGCCUCCUAUUAUUAGGUUACCGUUGAAUACCAGUCCGCGAUAAACAAUCCUUAGGAAUCAAGAAACAAAAAUCCUUAGAAUCCUUAGAAUCCUUAGAAAACAACGAAAGUAAUCCACAGUUCGAUCCACCUGAGCCAUCUCCAUUAAGUUUUCCGCUCGCAUUAAUUCACAUCUGAAUUUAUUCUCGCUGCAAUGCUGUGUCCGCGUUAAACGGGUAGAAUGGAGGGAGAUUGGAGGGGAAGAAAAAUACCUAGAGCGGUUCGACCUAAUUAUCCAAGAUGAUAACCGUACGAAGACAAAUGGGGGAAGGCGAAAAAUAACAAGUAUACAAAAGCAUAAGAAAAAUAGAAUAACAGAAAAGUGAAAGAAAGAAAAAGAGAGUGCAAGAGGAGAAGGGAUAGAUAGUAGAAGAAGAGACGUAGAAGAUAGACGUAGAAGACAGUGGCGCACACGUUUCGAGGAAAUGAAUGGAUACGGUAAAUGCGAGAACAUCCCAUCCAGAAGGAACUAGGAGUGAUUCCAGACAUUAAAUGUACCCUCAAGAAUUCAGGUUUCGCCCGAGGCUCUCGCGAAUCUGGGAUGGCUUCGAGCAAUGAUGAUAUCCGAUUAAGCCCAGCUAACAAGUUCGCCGACGUUCUAUCGUCCGUAAAAGUAGAUAGGUUUUAAAUCGAGUCCAGCUUCGAGAACAAGGCAGCGUUGUAACGUCGUUAUCACGGCGAAAUAAUCCGUGGCUUAUUGAAUCCCAAUGAUAUAAUGGAAGUAGAAGAGACAAAACGGUAAUAGUUGAUCGUAUGUGUCCUCUUCUACUACUAUAUUUAUACAUAUAUAUAUAUAUAUAAUUAGAAAUAGAGAAAAUCAGGGAAGAUCAGUUUUUGGUGGCGUAUUAUAUGUGCUGUAUAUAUAUUGCUUCUAUACAAUUGAAAGAGGGCAAGCCCGAGUUUCAGUAUAGAUAUCAGUGGUCCACUAUUAAUUUUUAAUUCCAAUUUAAUUUUUUUUUAUCGACGAAUUGAUCUCGCAGAAGUUUUUAGUAAAAUGUAAAUAUAUAUACAAAUAUAGCCAUUAAAAAAGAGAGAGAGAGAGAGAGAGAAAGUGAAAGAGAAAGAAAAUUCAAAUUGACCAUAAAAUCGCAUCCAAAGAUCAGGCCAGUGAUAUAGUUUCUAAAGAGUGGAAAUAAAUGCCAUUGAUAAACAAUAGAAACUAUUAAGAAGGUUUAAAUUACUUGCCCGCCAUCGUCACCGCCACCAUCAUGCACCAACGUUUAGGAAUGUAAUAUUUGGUUUCCUCGCACGUUCUCGUGAAACAAGACUUAUUUCAAAGCUGGCCUGCAAUUGUAAUAUCGACAAAGAAAUUUAUAAAGAACACGCAGAGCCAGAGAAGAGAGAAAGUAUAGGGAUUAAAAGAAGAUACAUAGACGUCUUCACAAGUGUCCUUAAAAACGUUGAAAAAUCGUCGCGUGUGUGCCAGCAAGCUCUCUCGUUUCCUACUUCUGGUUAUGGAAUGAACCGAUGUUCGACUGAAUUUUACGGUUGUCCGUACUGGUUUAGGUUCUACUACUACCAAACGUCAUCAUGACCCCAAUGAUGCGGCUUUUCCUGCCGUUAUUACCGCUGAUAUUGUCCUCCUACUCGAUUAUGAUUUGUUCAGCGAGCGGCGAUGGUGGACCUAAUAGCCCAAUCUUUAAUCUCGAUAACACCGCGCUAGAAAAAAAUCUAGCAGCGAUAUUUAACAAAGUGGCGCACAGCUCGGCAACCACGAAACGCAGCGUGCCAGCUUAUGAUGCUCAAGUUUCGGCCAGUACAACCCUUUCGACGGUACCGUCACCUUUGACGACGACCACCACAAGCACAACGACGAGCCCGUCGAUACCAUCCGUCAGGUAUCCUCCUGUUCCUCGGGCGACUAUGUCGCCAGCCUUUCGUGAAUUACCUUCGUACGCUCCUCCUUCUCGUGCCCUCUUCACUCCUCCUUUACCGCCAGAGUACCUUCAUCCAUUUGCAAAUAAGCCAACGCUAAGAGGAACCAACUCGGAUGUUCAUUCGAGUCUCAAGAGACCAGUACCGCCGCCAAGCGGGACCCCGGCUCAUGAGAGAAUACCCAUCAGGCCACCUGACCUUCAGGGUCCCUCUCAAGUGCCGGAAAGACACUCUCAUUCUAGAAACAAACCAUUGAAUACGCCCAGUAAGGAGCAGAACGUAUUAGAGUCCAGCGAGCCAGACAGAAGAAACAAUACCAAUGAGUUUGUACCUACUCUGCAUUAUCCUAGUAUCUCAAGAAUAUUAUCGGGCAGCAAUGGCCGUAAGCAAGAUAUACCAGAAAUACUUUUGAAGCCUCUGGCCACGAAAAAUCCUGCGCAAAACGCACCGGUGAUCCCGACCACCGAAAAAAUGACCACCCCAUCCACCACAACAGCCAGAACAUUUAGCACGUUGGAUUCUUCCAAAUCUGUCACGCAACCGACGAUUUUCAAUCUGCCGAAUACCAAAAGACACGAUGACGACAGUUACCAUGGCCUGAGGAAUGAAAAUGGUUUCAAAACGGAGAACAUCGAGAUCGUGGAUACGGAAAGACUUCCAUAUCCUCAGCCGCAACCCCCUGCUCCACCUCCGAAGAGGCCCAAUGAAGCCAGCGAUCGUACCGUUCCGCAGAUCGAUACACAUCCUCUUGAAUCCACCUGGCGGAUCGCUUGGUUCCUCCAUGUAUAUAUCGCAGCAAUUAUGUUCACAUUAAUGGCCCUAUAUUCGAUCUACAAGAUCGUUCGUUUCAACGAGGCAACGAAUCUACUCACCCAAUCGUACUUCCUUACGGUCCAUUUGCUUCUCACAACCGUAUGUACCUUGAGGUGCUUUCACUUGUUUUAUGACGCUUAUAAUCUAGGCCGUUCACUGCCCGAGCCUUUAUCCCGAGUGCUCAUGUACCUACCGGCACCAUUGUUAUCGACGGCGUUCGCCACUUUGGUACUGUACUUGGCACAUUGCUCAGAGGCGCCCUCACUGAACAACAGGUUCCUCUCACCAGCGGCGCUGGUUCUGUCUUCAACGAUCCACAUAGUCCUUUGCGUCUCCCUUCACGUGUCCACGCACGUGCUUGGAUAUCAGGAUGAGGCGAAAAUAUUACCGUUGAUCUGUCAAUGCAUUUACAUCAUUGUCUGCGUGACGCUUGGCCUUGGUUACAUGUACGUUUAUCGUGUGGUGCGUACGCAAAUAUUGCUAACGAACAACAAGACGGCCGGUACAAAUCACAUAGUCGGUGCUGAUCCUACCACGAUGGCCUUGAGCACCGCCAUCACAACCAGUAUUGCCACCGCUCUUUUCUUCAUUUUGAUGGGAUUCGUCCAGCUGUACGGUAUCUUCGGUAACGUCCAGGAACGACCACAAUUGUAUCCAUGGCUAUGGUGGGGCUGGCAAUUCUCCGUUAGAUUGCUGGAAUUGGCGGUGUGCGGUCUCCUCGCCUGGGUAGCUAGUCUGUCCCAGUAUCCGUUACGGGAGAAACAGCUACAACAACACCCGGUUCACUCUGGCUUCGCUCUAUUUCCAUGCGGUAGCUCGACCUCCACCGAGAAUAUGGACGACGUGCUUUACCCAGCUAUCUGCAGUACCAACCAGGCGAUCCAGAAUUACACAAUGAGAACUGGGAAACAGGUUUACGACGAUAGUUUCCCACUGAACACGCUGCCCGAACAUUUGAACAUAUCAGGUACUUUUGAAAGGCAUUCCAUUCGCAAAUCAGGCACUAUGGGCCAUUUCCCACACGAAGGUCGUGGCUCGUUAAACCGACAUGGUAAUGGGAUACAAACUCUAAGAAACUCCGAAAGUCGCGGUAGACAUACACCGGUGCAGCAGAGUAGUGGAGGUGGUGUUCAUGAACAAACCCCGACCACUGGUUCGACGAUGCUCGUCGCUGAAGAUGGUUUCGUAAGGUUCCGUAGCCUAGGAGCUGAGGAUGACGAACUGUCUGACACACCGAGCGUUGUUGGAACCCAUGGUAGAGGAAGUUCGUUGACCGGAAGCGUGAGAUUCAACACGAGACACCCAACGCUACAGCAUCAACAUCCUCAUCAACAUCAACAUCAACAUCAACACUCAUUGCAACAUCCACUUCAGAGUCAACAUCAAGCUCAUCAUCAAUUGUAUAUCAACACGUAAAAGUUCAUUGUUCCAAGUGUUCCAAAUGAUAACUUCUUAUUUCCAUUAAUUCGAUUAUGAUCAAAGGAAGGGAUCGUCAAUGAAGAUAUAAAAUAUAUUCUGUGGCUCCCUCUGGCGGCUAAUGGUCUAAAUAAUUUCGAAGAAACAGAAAAAUUUUAUCUUUACUCUGUAAGAUACGUCCUUGUGUAUAGACAAAAUCUAAAGCGAAAAUUUGAAAAAAAAAAUUAAGAAACUUGCCAUUUGCAAUUUCCCGCUUUGCAUCUGCAUCUGAGCCGAACUUUUGCUGUUCAUGGUAUUCAUAAUAUUUAUUUCAAAGUUCGUGAUCGAGAGGCAGAGAAGAAAAAAUAAUGGUAUAUAAAAAAAAAUGGAGAAAUGUAUACGCAGAACUCGAUAACAGAGUUUCUUUCCUCUACCUUAACGUGGGUAGUGUUCAGGGUAUCUCGAACUGUACAUUAGGCACUUGGUACUUAUUAAGGUUCAUGUGAUUUAAACAAACGAUUGUAUAUUGUCAAUGAAAAAGAGAGAAGGAAAUAAGUUUUCUUUUAUUUUUCUUUCUUCGAGUAGUGAAAAAAACUCGGCUGUGGAACGUAUCGGUAUAACAUGUGAUUCGAUGACAAAUUAUAAUGAUACCUACUGACACAUUAUUUAAUAAUUUAUUUUUCUUGUAAUUUCUUUUAGUUUUUAUAACAUUUAAGAUAAUCUUUUUAAUAGCACUACUUUAACAAAUGCUCGAAUUUUUCUGCAUUGUUAAAUUUUAACCAAUGAAUAUAAACAAUGUAUUCUUAAUUAAAUCCAAGGUAUUCAACAUCAUUGUUUAACACUUGUUUAACCGAUACGCGUAUACUUCCUCGAGAUCAUGCAUGCACGUGUUCCACGGCAUAUCAUUUUGCGAUCAACAGGAAGUAUGUUUUAUAAUGAAAAAUAAAAGCUAAAAAAAGUUUUAAUAAAAAAUGGAAAUUUAUUAACGUGGUCCAAAUAAAACGAAUGAAAAUGAACGAAAAAGAUAACUCGAAAAAUUUGUAGUAAUUCUAUGAAAAUUCCAAGUAACAAGCGGAGAUGUACAAUUUCUUUUUAUUUUCGUUGUAAAGUUGAAAGAAAUUAAAUAUGAAAAUAAUGUUGAAAAUGAAGAAAAAAAUAUGAUGAAAAAGUUGAUGAAGAAAAGAAGACUUUUACGGCAUUGUACAGUCGAUAAUAAUUUAUCACUCAGUCCAAUUGUAAGAUUGAUUUAGCACUUAAGGGUUGGAUUAAGAAUUCCCUGUUACAUAUUAAGUUACGUCGAUGUAGCCGGUAGAUGCUACUGCGCUCGCGUAGGGACGGAUAUCAGCGAUUUCUGUUAAUUCAAUGUCGAGCGACGAAACACGAUGUAACGAUGUUUCCUCUCCGCGUCGGAGACUCCCUAUACGAAGAAUAGAACUUCACGCACAGGCCAGCAUAUUUUUUCCAUUUCCUCCGUUAUAUAUUUUCCUUUCUUCCUUAUUUUUCUUUCAUUUUUUUUUCUUUUCUUAAUUCGUCUCUGUAAUUCCAUUAGUUUUUUCUUCUCUUUUUUUUUCUUUUUUUUCUUUUUUUUUUUUUUAUUUUAUUUUAAUAAUUUUUUCACAUACACAUGCACUCGCGCGCACGCGCACGCAGAGUCUUUUUUCACAUUGAACCUAAGGUACAAAACUAUUUUCUAUCUUCUUCACUUCCUAAUAUCAAUAAUAAGUUGAUAAUAAAUGAGCAGUCAGCGCGAUGUAUAUGUUUAUAUGGACAUUGUAAAUAAGGUAUACGGGCUCGUCGUGAGUAGAUAUAAGUUUGUUGUGAUAGAAUCUGCAGAUUCUAUUCGAUGCGACCGGGAUUCACAUGUAAACAGACAUAAUACAUGCGCAUAUGAGCGCAUGAGUAUUCAUGUACACAAUCAUACACUUUCACAUUCAUUACAUACAUGUAUCUAUUCUUCCCUCCUUCAAUCAUCCUCAGUUGUAAAUGCAAGACUCGUUUUUAAUUUAUAUCGGAAGCUGUAUUUAUUAUAUAAAACAUUCCACAACAAAAAGGUGAUCAGUAUGAAUGCGAUCGGUUUUGUGGGAUUUUAUUGCAAUUUUAGAUUAAAAAAAAAACAACGCUGAAGAAAGAUGAACAAAUGUAAAUAAAAGCUUUUUUGCGAAAUACUUUAUUAUGUUUCUCCUAAUUUUCUAUGCACAUGUUUAUAUUAAUCUUUGUAGAGAUAAUUAUCCAUCUUUUUUUUUUUUCUUUUUGAUAAAGAUUUUAACAUUAAAACAAGUCCAAAUAAUGGAACAUAUAGAAAUGUAUAUCACAUAAUCAGUGAUUGUAUUUGAUGAGUUUAAUGAAAUAAGCGUUUUGUAUCUUCUUUGUUAUUGUCUCAAAGAAAAAUUUCCAAUUUGUCCAUUGAAAUUAUUUAAAUCUGUUUUUUAUAUCAUUUUUAAUCAAACGUUUCGUAUUAUUAUUACGUUUAUAUUUUACAUCGUAAAUAAUCUCAAAAAACAUAAGGAGUUAAUUUUCUUAAUGCCAGUGAAAAUUAAAUUAAUUAUUAUGACUUAAAUAUAAAUUAAACGGUGCUACUCGCAACGAAUAAUAAUACAGUUUAGAGCAGUUUAUUUGAAUGUUGCUUGUUUAUAAAUUUCUAUUGUUAUUUAAUGAAAACGGAGGAAAGGAAAAUAUUUGAAAAUGAAUUAUCUGUCGACUUAUGUCGCAAUAUGAAAGCAAUUCUGUAUAGAUAACAUAAAUAUGUCAGAAAUAUAAUGUACAUAAAAAAAAUAUUUAAUAAACCUUAUAUGUAAAA